UGUCCAGAGGUCAGCCCCGGUCAGCUGCUGCCCUGUGAACAAACCCCAUCCAGCACGGUGCUUUGCUGCUUCUUCAUGUUAUGCCAGAGCCCCAUCGCCAGCACAGGGAGAUCUGUGGUCCAGGAAUGAACACCGGCUCAACUGACAGAACACGCCUAAAGAAUGAAGAUGUUCACGUGUAGACCUGGACAGCCCCCUUCUGACAAGGCUUUUUGCAUCUUGAUGGUUGCUGCUGGAUUUUUCCUUCUUGCAGAAACACGUUCUCUGCGUGGAGAAAGACUGGAUUUACUGGGAAGGAACGAUAAGUACGUGUCUCUGAUCAACUACAGCAUUCCUGAGCUAUGUCAGUUCACUGUGUGCCUUGAUUUAAACCGGACUGCUAACAUAAGCUCUUGGGCAGCAUUUUCCUAUGACACUAACAACACAUCCACUGACAUAGAUGACUUAGAGCUUGGUCUCUCUGGAGAAAACAAGCAGUUGAGAGUAUAUCUUUUUGGCACCAGUCGAAACAUUGGGAUUGAUUUAGCCCUUUUCACAUGGUAUAGUGUGUGCUGCUUAUGGGACAACAGAAAACAACUGCUGGAGGUCUACUGUAAUGAUAAUCUCGUGCAUAAAGAAACCAUAGACAGCACUGAGUGCCUGAAACCCAGUGGAAGCCUGGUGCUGGGUCACCUGCAUAAAAGAAAGGAUGGAUUUAUUGUACGAGUAAGCAACAGCUUCAUUGGUGGCUUGUACUACUUCCAAAUGUGGGACACUGUGAUGCGUCAGGAAGAGUUACUGGGGUGUGCUGAGGGCAAUAUUGUCGGCUGGAAGGAAGAGUACUGGGACUUCCGCAUUCCUCCAAUUGCUGACCAUCGCCUGCGCUGUGCUGGCUCAAGUGAAGCAUCAUCAACAAUGGCUCCUACGUUGCCACCGUUAUCUCCAACCAAUAGUGCCAAUGUUACCAUUGCACUCAGCUUCUACAACGUUGACAUGAACUUUUCUCUUUUCUACAAAACUGAGAGAGCUCCCGAUUACUAUGAUGCAAGGAAGCUUAUAGAAAACUGGUUUAAUAUCAUAUUCACUGGAGGAGAAUUUGUUGUGACAAACUUUAAAGUCAGGACUAAUUAUCCACAAAGCAGUGUCUAUAAGAGGACUCAAAUGAAGGUAAAGCAGAUGUCACAAAGCUAUGUCUGCAAGGCCAUUAUAAAGGCCACGUCACAUGAAACACAAGAAGUGCUGAUUCUCAAGAUAAAGCUGUUGCUGAACGACACUUAUGAAGAUGGACUGUUAUCAUUAUAUGUGAACCCUGAAGAUGUGGCUGUCAAGCCAAUAGUACUAAUGGACUGUCCAGAGAGCUUUUCACAGACAAAAUACAAGGGUAAUUAUUACUGGCCGCUAACAAGUCCAGCUACCAAAGCUGAGGUCAGCUGCAGCAAAAACCCUCUGGAGUCUGCUCAAAGGAGUUGUGGAAUUAACAUUGAUCUUGAGCAAGCUUUCUGGGAAAAACCCAAUAUGACUGAAUGUAAAUUACUGGAAGAACUUCCAAAUAAUAUUUUAGAUCUUCAUGAUAUCACCAUAACAGACGAGAAUGCACAAGAUGUUGUACAGCAUAUUUUAGAUCUCUUGCCAAAUGCAACACUGGAUAUGAAAGAAUUAGAAAUCAUUGCAAAUAAAAUUUCUGAUGUUGUGAAUUUGGAAGAUAUAAGUGUGACAAUUGCAGAGGAUAUAUUGACUAUAUUGAACUAUAUUUUACUUCAAGAAAUAGAAGAUCAGAACUUUAGAAAAAUGACCAAUAUUAUCCUGGAGACAACUGAGAAGAUAGGCUAUAAGAUGGCUUACACAGAAAGAAACGCAUCAGUCGUAACCACGUCCUUGGCUUUGCUGGUGAUGCGUCCAGAUCCCAGUGUAUUUGAAGGACUGGCCUUUGGUAUCACCUCAUAUGACCAAGGAGUGGAUCUCAAGAUCAAUGUUCAAGAAAACUCCUUCAAAAAGGCCUUGGCCUCAGUGUUUUUGCCAAAAUCACUGAAGACAUUCUUAGGGGACAAGUACUCUGACCCAGAAAAGCAUCCAAAGAUCCAGUUUAAUUUUUUUGGCACGACUUCACUUUUUGUGGAUGACAGUUUACAGAAGGAGAGGCUGAACACUUAUGUUGUGAGUGCCAGCAUUGAAAAUUCACUGAUUCAGAACCUUAAUGAACCUGUGAAUAUAACUCUUCAGCACAUAGACCAAAAUACGGGUAAUGCAGCAGUGCACUGCGCCUUUUGGGAUUUUCAGAAGAACAAUGGACUGGGUGGUUGGAAUACAUCAGGGUGUGAAAUGGAAUAUACAGAUAUGAAUUACACAAUCUGUUUUUGUAACCAUCUUACCCAUUUUGGAGUCUUGCUGGACUUAUCCCGGACAGAGAUAGAUACCAAAAAUGAUCGUGUAUUAACUCUGAUAAGCUAUGCAGGAUGUGGUGCUUCUUCCCUUUUUUUGGGUAUAACACUGGUGACAUAUCUAGCCUUUGAAAAGCUGCGGAGAGACAAUCCUGCAAAAAUCCUGCUAAAUCUUUGUGCCACGCUGCUGAUGUUGAACUUGGUCUUCCUGGUCAAUCCCUGGCUGUCCUCAUUCAACCAGCCAGCUCUCUGUAUCACUGUAGCUGCGCUCCUUCACUAUUUCCUGCUUGCAGCUUUCACAUGGAUGUGCCUGGAGUCUGUUCACUUUUACUUGUCUCUUGUAAAAGUUUUCAAUAUUUACAUCCCAAAGUACAUCUUAAAAUGCUGCAUUGCUGGAUGGGGAAUACCAGCUAUUGUAAUUAUUAUUGUACUCAUUAUAAAUAAAGACUUCUAUGGCGGUGGAUCACAGUCUGAGAAGAAUCCGUUCAGCAAUUUUUGCUGGAUUCAAGAUAACACAGUGUUUUACAUCUCCGUUGUGGCAUAUAUCUUCUUAGCAUUUUUGAUGAAUACAGCCAUGUUCAUCACAGUUCUCCUUCAAGUCCACUCUGUGAAAUCAAGGACACAAAAGAGACACAGAUUCUGGAAGCAAGUUUUUCUCCAGGACGUCAAAAGUGCCUUCAGUUUGAUGUUCCUUUUGGGCUUAACUUGGGGCUUUGCCUUUUUUGCCUGGGGAGCAGUAAGGAUAUUUUUCUUGUAUCUCUUCAGCAUUUUUAACAGCUUGCAAGGAUUCUUUAUUUUUGUGUUUCAUUGCCUAAUGAAGGAUGAUGUAAUGAAGCAGUGCCAGGUGCACUUUUGUUGGAGGAGAUUUAAUCGAAAGAAUUAUUCUGACUGGAGUGGAUCAAGCGCAUCUACACCAAGGAAUUUAAACCACCGACACCCUUCCCCAACUUUGUGGAAUCUAAAUUGCAAUGGAACAAGCUCAACUUUGAGUGGCUCGGAUUUCCCCUCCAGGACUUCUCCGAAUAUGAAUUUUAGGAUAUAG